GUUCUUUGGAUUUUCUGUAACUGGGGAACAGAUUCAAACUAUCUCUGCCCGGAGUACCUUCCAAGCAAUGCGAGCAAAAUCUCAGGAAACACACGGUGUUGUUGGCCUGUUCCUGUUCCGCAAAGGCGAAGUUGGUGAUUGGAAAAAUUUGUUCAGUGAAACUCAGAACCAGGAAAUGGAUGAAAAAUUCAAUGAGUGCUUAGCAGGAACUUGUUUAGGAGCAAAACUGAAGUAUGAUUCAUAUUUCCAGGCUUGAUUCUGGUCAAAUCAGCAGGUUAUUGGAAGCAGAAAUGGCCAAUGGUCUUUCACCAGGUUUCUUCUUAGAAGAACUUAAUACAUAUCGUCAGAAGCACAACAUAGAACUUAGUUAUCAUGAAUUGUUUAAGACAGGACCACCCCAUGACUCAAGAUUUACAUUUCAAGUUAGAAUAGGGGAGCAAGAAUUUCCAGCAGCGGAAGGUAAAUCAAAGAAGGAAGCCAAAAACGCUGCAGCCAAAGUAGCUUUGGAUAUACUCAAUAAAGAAAGCAAGGAGGUUAGUUCUUUAUCACUGCCAACAACAGGCACUUCAGAAGGGGCAUCUAUUGGGAAUUACAUAGGCCUUAUUAAUAGGAUUGCCCAGAAGAAAAACCUGCCCGUAAAUUAUGAACAAUAUGAAGCAAGGGAACCUGGGCCCAAAAGAUUUCAUUGUAAAUGCAAAAUUGGGCAGAAAGGAUUUGGUAGUGCCUCAGGUGCUACUAAACAGGAGGCAAAACAAUUUGCAGCUAAACUUGCAUAUGAUCAGAUAAUUUCAGAAGAAACCUCAGUGAAAGCUGAUAACCUGGUCUCUGAUUCUUUCUCAAAUGUGUCCAGUGAUUCCAGAAGCAACUCUUCAGGAAUAAACACAUCUUCUUCUGAGUUUCUGUCUGAAGAUAACUUCUCAGAAAAUACACCAGAGAGACAGUGUAACAGUGACAAUAUAAGCAAUUUUUCUUCAUCUUCUAUGAACAGUCUCACAAAUAAUCAAAAGAAGGUAAAAAGAAAUUUGGCACCUACAUUUCAUAAUCCUGAGAGAGAAGCAAACAAGUAUACUAAGGAUCACAGGUUUGCCAAGGAUUUUGAAGAAAUAGAACCAAUUGGCACAGGAGGAUUUGGCCAAGUUUUCAAAGCAAAACACAGAAUUGAUGAGAAGACUUAUGUUAUUAAACGUGUUAGAUACGAUAACGAGAAGGUGGAGCGUGAAGUAAAAGCAUUGGCAAAUCUUAAUCAUGUAAAUAUUGUUCACUACCAUAGUUGCUGGGAUGGAAUGGAUUAUGAUCCUGAGAAAAGCAUAAAUAAUUCAAGAUCAAUGAGAAGGUGCCUUUUCAUCCAAAUGGAAUACUGUGAUAAAGGGACGUUGGAGCAAUGGAUUGAAAACAGAAGAGGCAAGAAUUCAGACAAAGAUUUGGCUUUGAAUUUCUUUGAACAAAUAACAACAGGAGUGGCUUAUAUACAUUCAAAACAGUUAAUUCAUAGAGACCUUAAGCCAAGUAACAUAUUUUUGGUGGAUUUUGAAAAAAUAAAGAUUGGAGACUUUGGACUUGUAACAUCCUUGAAAAGUAAUGAAAAGCGGACACGUAAGAGGGGAACUUUGCGAUACAUGAGCCCAGAACAGCUAGCUUCAGAAGAAUAUGGAAAUGAAGUGGACUUAUUUGCUUUGGGGCUAAUUCUCGCUGAACUUCUUCACAAAUGUAUCAGUUUUCAGGAAACACUCAAGAUUUUCGAUGAUCUAAGGAAUGGCAUCUUCCCAGAUGUAUUUGAUAGCCAGGAAAAAGAUCUUCUCCAGAAAUUACUCUCAAAGGAACCCAAGUUACGACCUAAGGCACCUGAAAUACUGAAGACCUUGAAUGAGUGGAAGAUUAGACCAGAGAAAAAGAUGCGAAACACUUGUUAGGGCCCUUCUGAAAAAUUCUGGAAGCCAGAAGCCUGGAAUCAGUUUCACUGGGCUGAAGUCAACAUGUGAGCAGGGCCGUGCUUCCUGUAGUGGAUCUAGGGGACAAUCUGUUUCCUUGCCCUUUCCAACUUUUGGUGGCUGCUGGCAUUUCUUGGCUUGUGGCCCUUCCAUCUUCAAAGACCAGCACAGCAUCUUGCUUUAGUGGUCACAUUGCCUUCUUCUGUGUCGUCACAUCUCCCUCUCAUAAGGAUACUUGUGAUUACAUUUAGGACCCACUUGGAUAAUCCAGGAUAAUUUCCCAACUCAAGAUCCUUAAUUUAAAUCUCAGCUGCAAAGACCAUUUUCCAUAUAAAGUAACUCACAGGUUCCAGGGAUUCAGACCUGAUGUCUUUUCGAGCCAUUAUUCAGUCUACCUUAAGACCUUUGGAGAGUCUUUGCUUGCUCUACUUUUCACUUUUUUGACCACUGUAAGAAAUAACUCGUAACAUUACAAGUCUGUAUUUAUGUCUUUCUUUCUAUCAAUUACUUAUCUAUCUAGAAGUUUAAAAAAUCAAGGUACUCUUUGUGAGGCAUGCUAUUAUUUUCUAUUCUCUUCCACUUUAAUGGGUUGAGACCUGCAAUAGGGCAGUUUCUCAGCAGUGACACUAUUCACAUUUUGGACUGGAUAAUUCUUGUUGCGGGUGGCUGUCUUGUGCAUUGUAGCAUGCUGAGCAGCAUCUCUGGCCUCUAUGCUAAACUGCCGUAGAGCAUUGGUUCUCACAGUGUGGUCUCUGGACCAGAGUCAUCAGCAUCACCUGAGAACUUGUUAGAAAUGUAAAUUCUUGGUUCCUACCCCAGUCCUACUGAAGCAGAAACUCUGGGGGUGGGCCCAAAAAUGUUUUACUAAGCCCUUGAGGUGAUUCUGAUGCACCAUAAAGUUUGUGAAUUAUGUUCUAAGCCAGUGCUUCUCAACUGGGGUGAUUUUGUCUCCCAUGGGAAUUUGGCAAUGUCUAAAGAUAUUUUUUGUUGUCACAACUUGGGGGUGUUGGUGGUAUGCUCUUGAAAUCUACUGGAUGGAGGUCAAGGAUGUUACUAAACACCCCACAGAGCACAGGACAGCUCCCCACAACAAAGAAUUAUCCAGCCUGGAAUGUCAGUAGUGCUGAGGUUGAGAAAUUCUGGUCUAGGAUUGUGUGCAGUUUGGAACUGUAUGUACCCCAGAAAAUCAUGUUCUUAAAGCUAACCCAAUUCCUGUGGGUGUAAACCUAUUGUAAGUAGGACGUUUUGAUGAGGUUACUUCAGUUAAGGCAUGGCCCAGGGUGGGUCUUAAUCCUCUUACUGGAGUCCUUUAUAAAUGGGAUGAACACGGAGAGGGAGAGGGAGAGAGAGUGUGAGAGCACGCGCGCCAUGGAAGCAGAAGUUGAAAUAAUUGAAACCCGGAAGAGAAGGAAGAGACCAGCAGACACUGCCAUGUGGCUUGCCAUGUUGCAGAGGAGCCAAAGGUCACUGGAAGCCAGUCUUCAGGUAGAAGACAUCAUCUAGAUGCCUUGAUUUGGACAUUUUCCUGGACUCUAGUCAUAAGUGAAUAAAUUCCCAUUGCCAAAGCAUUUCAUGAUUUCUGCUUUAAGCAGCCUAGGAUUAAACUAAAACAGAUGGGUUUCAAAAUGUUGAUAAAUCACCUGAAAUAAUAUAUACAUUUUUAUAUGGAAUCUUAACAUUUCAAAGCUGGAUGAGACCUCAGAGAUGAAGGGUAAAUAUGUAAUAGGUAUUUCUGAGUUUUCAUCAGAUUGUUUGGAGCUCUUAAGAACUGUUUACAUAAUAACUCAGCAGAAUAUGGCUUUCUCUCUUCUUUCAGUCUUUCCCCUUAUAUCCACAUAUCAGUUGCCAAAUGUUCUCUUACCCCCUAAAUUAUUUCUUGUAUUUGCCCCUGCCUUUUCAUUAUUGUUGCCUUGAUUCAAUUUCUCUUUAUUGCUGACCCAGAUAACUACAGUGGCCUCUUAAUGCCUCUUGUGGUUUCCAUUCUAUCCCUUACAGUCCUUCCCUACAAUCCUUCCUAUCCACUGCAGUGUUUUCUUAACACAUGUGAUUAUGUUACUUCUUUGCUUAAAACUCUAUAAAGGUUUAGGUUCAAAUGACUCUCCUUGACAUUCCAUGCCUUCUCAAUAUGCCCAGCCUGUCCUGCUAAGUUUACCUCCCACCAUGCAUCCCAUGUUCAGCAUCACCUGCCAAGAUUCCAGGAACACAGGUCUGCUCAGUGCUUUUGCACCCAACGACUCCCUUAUACAGUUUCUACCCAUAAUUAUCUUUCUGAUAAUUAAAUGAAAAAAAAUUAGCUUUAUUAAGAUAUAAUUCCAUCCUACAUUUAAUAUUUAAAGUAAAUAUGUACAUUUUAAAGUGUUCAGUUUCUCAGCCUUUGGCUAAGAUCAAAUGUAAAACUGUUCAGUCAUAUUUAUUAUAUUCAUAGAGUUUUGCAUCCAUCACCACAAUUAAUUUUGUGACAUUUUCACCACCUCAAAAAGAAACCACACACCCAUUAGCAGUCACUCCCUACUUCCCCACAAUCCCUCCAGCCUUAAGCUACUGCUAAUCUACUUUCUGUUUCUAUAGAUUUGCCUAUUCUGGACAUUUCAUAUAAAUGGAAUCAUAUAAUAUAUAGUCUUUUCCACAUAUUUAACAUAAUGCUUUUAAGGUUCAUCCAUGCAAUAGUAUGGAUCAAUACUUCAUUUCCUUUUUAUUGCUGAAUAAUAUUUUACUGUAUGGAUGUAACACAUUUUAUGUAUCCAUCAUCAGUUAAUAGACAUUUGGGUUGUUUCCACCUUUUGGCUAUUAUGAAUAAUGCUGCCAUGAACAUUUACAUAUAAGUUUUGUGUGAACCUAUGUUUUCGUUUCUCUUGGUUAUAUACUGUUCUGGUUUGCUAGAGCUGCUGUUAUACAAAAUACCAGAAAUGGGUUGGCUUUUAUAAAGGGGAUUUAUUAGGUUACAAAUUUACAGUUCUAAGGUCAUAAUAGUGUCCAUAGUAAGGCA